AGGAAGAAGCAGAUGAAGAGAGGGGCUGGCUGAGAAGGGAGAACAAACACACAGGGAGAGAGAGAGUCAGACAGGGAGAUCAGAGGAUACUCCGGAUCGGCUGCAAUCAGCUCGACUUGCAGCGCUGUGAGAUAAUGUGAGCUGGAAAACAAAGGUUUUUUUCUGCUUCACCAUACUUCAGCUGAACGGAUCUAAUGGGAUUUGCCUGAUAUGGGACACAAGCUUCUUCAGCUGAAAACAGGUUCCGUCAUGCCUCUCGGGUCGGUCCACAUUGAUCUCCUGAUCUUGCCGAGUCUGAUUUUGCUCUGGGCACCUCUGGAAACCGGGGCCCAGAAUGACACAGAGCCCAUCAUCCUGGAGGGGAAAUGCUUGGUGGUGUGUGACUCCACUCCUUCAUCCGAGCCCGCUGGGAGCGCUCUGGGCAUGUCCGUUCGCUCUGGUUCAGGACGAGUGGCCUUCUCAGCCAGCCGGCAGACCAACCACGAGCCGACAGACAUGAGCAACCGCACCAUGAUCAUCUACUUUGAUAAUAUUUUAGUCAACGUUGGCACUCACUUUGACCAAGAGAGUAGUGUCUUUGUAGCUCCGCGAAGAGGGGUGUACAGCUUCAACUUCCACGUUGUGAAGGCCUACAACAGACAGACUAUUCAGGUCAGCCUGAUGGUGAACAGUUGGCCGAUGAUUUCAGCGUUUGCAGGAGACCAAGAUGUGACCAGAGAAGCAGCCACCAAUGCAGGCCUGGUGAUUCUGGAGAAGGGGGAUAAGGCCUACCUCAGACUGGAGAGAGGGAACCUGAUGGGAGGUUGGAAGUACUCCACCUUCUCCGGGUUCCUGGUCUUCCCCUUGUGAGAAAGGUGUAAAUUGGAAGUGUUGGGUAACAGGAAGAGUGUGAGUGAUGGGCGAUAUAGCGCUUUUCAAAAGUAUUUACACCUCUUGACAACCUUUUGACAUGACAUUACUUUUCACUGCAGUUGCAGCUUUUCACAUCUAGAGAAUACAAUUUGAAGACCAUUCUUUAAAAUAGCUCAAGCUCAGUCAGGUUGGAUGGAGAACAUCUGUGAACAUCAGUUUUCAAGACAUGCCUCAGAUUGUCAGCUGGAUUUACGUCUGACUUUGACUGGCCCUUUCCAACACAUUUAUAUGUUUUGACCUCAACUACUAUAUUUUAGCUCUGUCUGUAUGUUUAAGGUCACCCUCUGUCCCAGUCUUACAGCCUUGCAUCUAGCUUUAUAUAUUUUCCCAUUAACUCUCCCCAGCUUCCCAGUUCCAGCUGAAGAAAAGCAAAAACUGCAUGAUGCUGCCACCACCCUGUUUCUCCAUGGCCGUAUUGCGUUCUGUAUGAUAUGCACCACACAUAGACCAAAAAGUACAAUAUUGUUCUCAUCUGACCAGAGCACCUUCUUCCACAAGCUCUCUAUGCCUCCUUUAAAACUUGUGGGAAACAGCAAACAGCACUUCAUAUGACUUUCUUGCCACUAUUACAUAAAAGCCAGCGCAACCAUGAUGGUUGUCCAAUCAACACUUUAUCCUAACUGAAAUGUGAAUCUCUGCAGCUCAUUCAGAAUUACCGUGGGCCUCUGGUCUGCUUCUCUGACUGAUGCUCUCCUUCACUUUUGGUCAAUUAUCCUAUCUUGGUAGGUUUAAAGUUGUGUCAAAUUCUUCCCAUUUCCAAACAAUUGGUUCAACAUUGCUCUGUGAGAUGUUCAAAGCAUGAGAUAUUAUUUUAUAACCUAACCCUGCUUAAAACCUUCUCCCUGACCUGCCGUCUGUGUUCCUUGCUCUUGAUGAUACUGUUUACACCCAGAUGAACUGAACUAAUUGGCCUCUGAAGACAGGUGGUUGCAUUGGAUUUUAUUUAAAGGAAUCAGAUUAAAGGGGAUUAAAUACAAAUGCAUGCCACACUUUUCACAUUUUAAAGCCCUGUGUUUUUCCCUUCCACUUCACAAUUAUGCACUACUUUGGUUGUCCAUCCUAAACGAUUCCCAAAACAAUACACCAACAUUUAUUGUUGUAACCUUACAAAAUGUGUAAAAGUUCAAAUGAAGAGAACUAUCUAUUAAAAACAUCCUAAAAAUCUGCAAA